AUGCGUGCCAAGCAGCCGUCACCCCUCCAGCAGGCGUUUUAUGAGGUUUUCUGCUCCCAGGCCCCCUGGCUGUGCUCCAGCACGUUCGACUGCCUGAAUUCCACGGGUAUGCUGCCAACGAAAGAGGUGCUGGAGAAGCAGAUUACAACAUCCGGCCAGCCGAAUUUGCUGUCUUGGUGUUACUUUCAGACCAGUUGGGACACGGUUGUGAAGAGUUGUCUGGUCGACCACGAUCUCCUGCGCAGUGCUCGCCAGAUCUUUCAUCAGGCAGUGCAGAAGCAUCCUCAAGAAGAAGCAGAUGCGAGUUUUUGCUUCAUGAACGGCCUUUGCCAAGACCCCGACCUCAGUGCAAAUUCAACCCUCGCGGAGGCAACGAAUGUCUGUGACCGACGGUAUCCUGAACCUCAGGGCUGGAAGUCGAUCGGUUUUGAUGAUCCGGCUUUGAAGGAACCAACGGGCAGCAUGAAACUAGCUGAGGCGAAGGCGAAAGUGGCCUGUGCACAAGGCGGCUACCACUGCCAGGCUGUAUACUGUCAGGAGACAUACUGCAAGAUGGACGAGUACAAGCAGAAGUUUGCCCACUACAGUCAGGAGACAGUGUAG